AUGGGGAUCCUGAAACUUCCUCAGUUUCGUUACCACGGACCGUGGGUUCAGAUGCUAAUCGCCGGUCUUGGUGUUGGUUCCUCUGCCGGUAUCUACGUUGCGCUUAAUCUUCUAGGAGCUGGUGGUGGGAAGCCGGAUUCAGCGCAGGUAGUCCAGGUUGUCAAUGCGACGCUAUGCGCAGUAUGGUUCUUCUCUUCGUCCUUUGGUGGCUCUAUCUUGAACAAGCUUGGACCUGGCCUUACCAUGUGCAUUGGCGUUCAAACCUACGCCGUGUACGUGGGAUCUCUCUGGUACUACGAUGAGACAGGCAAGAGCGCUUACCCAUACGCCGCCGGUCCUAUCAUCGGUAUUGGUGCAGGAAUGGUCUUUAUCACUGCAGGCUACGUUGCAACUGGCUACCCCGAAGAAAGAGAAAAAGGAUCCUAUGCGACGAUACUUAUGAACAUGCAAGCGCUCGGUUCGGUCAUUAGUGGCAUUAUCCCAGUCAUCAUAAACAGGAACUCGGAUACUGUUGCUGGUGUACCUCGAUCAGUGUACAUUGCUUUCAUAGUCAUCAUGGUCAUUGGUGGCCUACUGUGUCUAACUUUGCUUCGACCACACAAGCUCACGAGAGACGAUGGCUCUGUUGUCGCCGUUGAUCGACCAAGAGGAGUUUGGGAGGAGCUCAGAACGAAUCUGUUAGUCUUCACAGACCCCAUACUCCUUAUGAUGCUACCGGCAUUUCUACCAGCUGAAGGGUUUUUGGUGUACAGUGGAUCAGUAAAUGCUUUCAACAACAAUCUCCGCACACGCUCACUGCUUUCUUUCAUCGCUGUUGUCAUACAGAUACCAGCAGGGUGGGCGUUGCAAUACGUCCUCGAUUACUCGGGAUGGGGUCGCCGCAAGCGCGGACUGGUCGGCUUGACAGGUGUUUGCAUCCCUCUAGUCAUUGCGUGGGUCUGGGAGAUGAUCCGAACUCGAAACUACGAUCGCAACAAUCCACCCACCAACCCUACAGAUUGGGACGAACCAAAAUUUGGAUGGAUUUUCUUUCUUUUCAUGCUCAACUGGACCUUCUCACAGCUUUGGCAUAACAUCGUCUACUACUGGAUCGGCGCCCUUACGAAUUCUCCUCAGAAGCUUACGCACUAUGUUGGUGUCUUUCGCGGCGUGCUUGGAGCGGGUGAAGCAAUUUGUUUCGGCCUCGAUAGCAUCAAGAUACCUUUCAUCGCUGAGGCAGGUGGCAUCUUAUUGUUUUAUGUGAUAGGGAUCGCAAGUUUCUACUACUUGGGGAUAUAUCAUAUGCAAGACACAAACUACGAUCGAACCGAGGAGGGCGUGGUGAUACCCAACCAUAUUCUGGAGACGGAGGGAGUAACACCAGGUCAGGAAAUAGUUUCAAGAGACAGAGAAGAAAAAGAGGGGCAUGUCGCGGAGAGCGAGAAGGAUGAGUCGAGUGGGAGUGGGAAGGUCUGA